UUCAUCUCUCUGUCCGCUCAACCCUACGUAUACACCGCAAAUCAACCCAUUGGUCGAACCGUUCAGACCUCUCCCACGAAUUGCGCCCAUCGCACCACGUCAUCCACUCCCUCCAUCUUCUUAAAAACAAACAAAACGCACGAUGCUCUCCGCCGGAGAAAGGCCCCAGCCAGCUAUCGGCAAGAAUGCCGCUGCGGCUCGUACCAAAUCUUCCCUGAGUCACUCGCCCGCCCCGAUGUGGUCCGUCCAACCCAAGCCGGAGCAAGUCCAACACAUCUGGGUCGUAACGGGCCCUGCCGGCUGUGGAAAGAGCACGGUGGGACGAGGCCUGCAGGCCGCGCUGAACGUCCCAUUCCUAGAAGGAGAUGAUUUCCACUCGCAAAAGAACAAGGAAAAGAUGGGCAGCGGCAUCCCCCUCACAGACGCAGACCGCUGGGACUGGCUCAUCUCGCUCCGCAAUGCAGCCAUCAAGGCGCUCUCGCCCUCGGAAGAAAACAACUUCCACCCCCCGUCCGGCGUGGUGGUUGCCUGCUCGGCCCUGAAGCAAAAGUACCGGGAUGUCAUGCGCGUGGCUGCCUACGGCACCCCCUCCGUGCAGAUCCACUUCGUCUACCUGAAGUUGGACGAGAAGGCCCUCCUGCAGCGCGUCGCCGCCCGCCAGGCCCACUACAUGAAGAGCACCAUGGUCCAGUCGCAACUGCAGGAUCUCGAGGAGCCCCAGGGCGAAUGGGAUGCGCUGACCAUCGAUGCCCAUGUGCCGCAGGAGCAGGUCAUGCGCGAGGUUCUGGAAGCCGUGGGUGAUAAGCUGGCUGAAUAUCAGUAG